UUUAGCUAAAUGAAAAUGAAGAGCAAAUUCAUCAUUUUGGUUUCCGCCAUUGUUGUUCUUCUUCUCUCAAUAAUAAAUUUUAGGGAUCUAUCUCCUGAUUCGUUCUAUGACGACGCCGACGCCGACGCCGGCGAUCAGAAACUCUUCGCCGGUACUGCCCAGAAGGAAAUAUUUCCGAUCGACGGUGCCGUUGGUCCGGAGAGCUUGGCUUUCGAUCCAAACGGCGGAGGACCGUACGCCGGUGUUUCCGACGGUCGGAUUAUCAAAUGGAUUCCCGAUCAACGCCGAUGGAUUGAUUUUGCGCUUACUUCUUCACAAAGGGAAGGGUGUUUGGGCCAGCACAAUCAUGUAGAAAGAGAACACAUUUGCGGACGCCCAUUGGGCCUAAGAUUUAAUAAACGAACUGGUGAUUUAUACGUGGCUGAUGCUUAUAUGGGUCUACUAGUUGUGGGCCCAAAUGGUGGAUUGGGCUCAGUUAUUGCAACGGAGGCCCAAGGGAUCCCUUUUAAAUGUACAAAUGCCAUAGAUAUUGACCAAACUACAGGAGAAGUGUAUUUCACUGAUAGCAGCUCAAUUUAUCCAAGAAGGAAUUAUCUAUCAACCAUACUAGGAAACGACUACACGGGAAGGCUAAUGAAAUACAACCCCGCAACUAACCAAGUCUCGGUUCUCCUCACGAACCUCUCAUUCGCUAAUGGCGUCGCCUUACAUGAGAAAAAUGAUUUUGUUCUUGUGGCGGAAUCAAACACGCGUAGAAUCCACAGGUUGUGGCUCCAAACAAACAAGGUGGGGCAAUCAGAUAUAUUCGCAGAGCUUCCUGGUUUUCCGGAUAAUAUAAGGAGACGAGAGAAUAAAGGAGGGUAUUGGGUUGGAAUUCAUGGGAAGAGAACUAAGGUAUCGGAUUGGGUUCAAUCGAAUCCUUGGUUUGGGAAACUUGUUCUUGGGCUUAACAUUGACAUGACUAGAGCUUACUCGAGAUCAUCGGAGAGGAGAAGUGUUGGGUUGGCUUUGCGGUUAGGCGAGAAUGGGGAGGUUGUUGAGGUUUGGGAGGAUAAAGAGAAAAAUGGUUUUAAGUUUGUGAGUGAAGUUGAUGAGAUUGAUGGGGUUUUGUGGAUUGGAUCACUUAUUAGUGGUUUUGUUGGCAAGCAAAGAAGAGAAAUUUAAGUUAUUUGUAAGUCUAAGAUGAUACACAUUUUUGUAAU